GCGCGCGCCUCCCGGGCGGGUUCGGGGAGCGUCAGGCCUGGGGUGUCUUCAUCCCGCCGGCAGAGAAACGACGGUAACCGCGGAGUGUUUCUUGAUAACGCAUUUGCAGACGCCUUUUUCCCUGGCAGUUAAUGGAACUCAUUAAAAAUCAGGCUUUUUUUCUGGCCCAGCAGACAGUUCAGGAUCCAGAACCCAAGCAUGAAUGUUCACCGCGGCGGCGAAAGCGACAGGGUACUGCGGCAGGAGGCGAGCUGCCUAAGCGAUGACCCUGCAGCUGCGGCCCAAGAGAGAGAAACAAAUAGCCUGACUGCUUCCGCUCUUCAGAGUCUCGCUUACCCUCUAGGUCCCAGGAGCGAUGACCUUUCACUUGACUAUGCCUCUCAGCCAGCAAAUCUUCAGUUCCCUCACAUAAUGCCACUUCCCGAAGACAUCAAAGGCUCCUGCUUCCAAAAUGGGAAUAAACGGAACCAUGAACCCUUUAUGGCUCCAGAACGAUUUGGAAACAGCACUGUGGGCUUUGGCAGUAACGUUCAUUCCCAGGCGCCAGAGAAAGUGACACUUCUUGUAGAUGGCACACGUUUUGUUGUGAAUCCACAAAUUUUCACUGCUCAUCCGGAUACCAUGUUGGGAAGAAUGUUUGGACCAGGAAGAGAGUAUAACUUCACUCGGCCCAACGAGAAGGGAGAGUAUGAGAUCGCUGAAGGAAUCAGUGCGACUGUAUUUCGAACGGUGCUGGAUUAUUACAAAACUGGUAUCAUCAAUUGUCCUGAUGGCAUCUCUAUUCCAGACCUUAGAGAUACAUGCGAUUAUCUCUGCAUUAACUUUGACUUCAACACUAUCCGAUGUCAAGAUCUGAGUGCUUUACUGCAUGAACUGUCUAACGAUGGUGCUCACAAGCAGUUUGACCACUACCUCGAAGAGUUGAUCUUGCCCAUCAUGGUGGGCUGUGCCAAGAAAGGGGAGCGAGAGUGCCACAUCGUUGUGCUGACGGAUGAGGAUUCUGUGGACUGGGAUGAAGACCACCCCCCUCCCAUGGGGGAGGAAUAUUCCCAAAUUCUUUAUAGCUCCAAGCUCUAUAGAUUCUUCAAAUAUAUUGAGAAUCGUGAUGUCGCUAAAACAGUGUUAAAGGAGCGAGGCCUGAAAAAUAUUCGCAUUGGAAUUGAAGGUUACCCUACCUGUAAAGAAAAAAUUAAGAGAAGACCCGGUGGCCGGUCUGAAGUAAUCUAUAACUAUGUGCAGCGCCCCUUUAUCCAGAUGUCCUGGGAAAAGGAAGAAGGGAAGAGUCGCCAUGUGGAUUUCCAGUGUGUCCGAAGCAAAUCCCUCACUAAUCUGGUAGCUGCUGGAGAAGAUGUCUUAGAGGACCAGGAGAUAGUAAUGCACCACCCACCCCAGGUGGAUGAACUCGACCGGCUGAAUGCUCCACUUUCUCAGAUGGCGUCUAACGACUUUCAGGAUUAGGGCCAGCUGUGGACCCGUGUCUCUUUAGAGCCCUUCUCUGUCUGCGAUGCCCACAGCCAGUUCUCCCCUUGGUUUGUCUCCCCUGAGUAUCAGGAGACCUGCUUCUCCGUCCUUUCCCUCUCUCUCACAGUUAGCGUGUGUCCUUUUCAUUACUGAAAAGUCUGUGCCUCCGGCCGGGGAUGAAAAAGCACUCACUGGCAAAUAAGCUACCAGCUUUGCAGCAGCCCUGGUAACUUGAAAAAUUUGGAUCUGGUGCCGUUUACAGAGUCUUUGCAUAACUGCAAAAAGUAGGAAAGGAAGUCGACUCCCAUUGGCUCAUAUUCAUCAAAGCAGUCCUCUCAUCCUUUAUACUUUGUCCUUGGCUUUUUUGUUUGUUUGUUUUAUACCAGGCAAAUUAUGUAGCAGCAAAGGGACCAAACCUUAAAAAAAGAUAAUCUCUAGCUUCCACAAGCAGGCGCUAAUGGGAUUGUCAUUAGGGGUCAGUGAAGAUGCCAUUCCUGGUGGCCUCUGUGCCCAGACCUGCAUCUGGGAAGAACUAGGCUCUCAUCAAAACAUCCAAAAGGAGAUUUCUUAAGAGUUUAAAUUCAGUUUUUUCAUUAAUGCAAUGAAUAGUUCAAAACCCCACAGAUUCGACUGAAGUCCAAUAAUAAUGUAACAACAUUUAUGAAACCUUUUUAGGUUCAAGGUUUUUGAGUCUAAAGAAAUCAUUUGGAAUGAAAUUCACAACUCAAGUAGAAGAACCUGUCCAGAUCAGGCCACUUUGGUUAUCCUGGCUUGGAAUCUGGUGUGAAGCCAUAGGUCGUCACCCUAGGCAGCACAUUGCUGUGAGUGUGGCUGGGAAACCUUAGAUGAUAUGGCUGAGAAAGGCUUUUAAGAGGCAGGCAGAAAUUUCUCACAAGUGCUCUGUUUCUCAAUAGAAAGACUUCUAAGAGCUCCAGGGAAGGGGGCAUUUGGGGUAAAGCGGGGUGGGGGAAACGUCACCUGCCCAGGCUUUGUCCCAGUGCAGGAUUUUUCUUUGUAUAUUCUUUUCAUACUAUGGAAUUUUUUUGGAUAUCAGGAUAUUUGUUUUUGAAGUAGCCUAUCACACUGGGUUAGAAAACCAUACUGCUGUCAUCCCCAAAGGAUAGAUGAGUUGAAGGGGUAUUAGGCCUAGUAAUUUUGUUUGAUCUUGUCGGCUCUGUAUUAGUAAUGCAUAGUGUGUGACAACCCAGAUCACUCCUCCCAUUACUGAACCAUUUUCCCUUGUGUCCUCAUGGCUAUUAACAGCAGAACUAAAUUUAGAGUCUAGAGCCAGAUGUUAAGUGUCUGGGGAUAAUCUCCCAUUUUAUGAUAAAGGUUGGCCUUCUAAUCACCUACCCAGAGCCUUUACUCAUCACAGAUUUCAAAGAGGUACAUAGUUUCCUUCAAGUUCUUUAAGGUAACAUGACGAGUUUUCUUAAAUUCCAUUCCUGUACGAUACCAUAGAGCAAGUUAGGUGACUCCAUUUUGACUGCCCUAGUUGUAGUCCUCCAAAGGUAAAGUCAGAUGGGUGUCGAAAGCUGUUCUUUCCAGGCGUGAAGAACAAGAAUGUUCUUAAGAAGUGUGUUCUCUGUGCUUGUGACCAGCAUCACAGUGGAAAUCAAUACUCCGUUCAUUACUCAGAAAAUAGUAGUAGUAAGGGGUUAAACUGAGCCAUCUCCCACUUAGAGAAUUCUUCUGACUACCACUGGCAUCCAACUUGUAAGGCUGAUGGUAAGGGUUAAAGUUUAGGGUGAGGGUUUUUUUUGUAGCCAGAGGGUACUUUUAUGUCUGUGAAACUCCUUGAUUCCUAUUUGAGGUCAGGUUUGGCUUUCACCGUGCCAGUAUUUCAUUCAUACCCACUGAUAGUUGACCAGCCCAGAUAAUCGUUUAAUGGUGCUUCCUUUCUGCUUCUCAGUUGACUUCCUCCCAUGCCAUCACAAAGGAAAUCUGAAUGAACUGUAUUCUCUAGUAAGUAUAACGUCUGUUCUCCAUCUUCUGUAUGAACAUUUAAGUGUGAACAUGCUGCAGCUAACCCUCUAAAACCAAUUAGUCCUGGCUUAGGUGAAAAGCCAAGUAUGAAAGUAUGGCAUGUACUUAGCACUCUGUUCUAUGUAAAUGAUUAAUUUCCUCGGGCUUUCAAGAAGUAUGUCUCCCUUCCCCCCCUCCCCAAUUGGGUUAAUGUGCUUUUGGCCCCAACCCAUGGGGUGAGUGAGCUGGAAACCCAUACAGGUUAAUCUGCCAGUGUCACUAGAUGGUGGGGACAAAGGGAAAAGUGGGGCCCACAGGUCCCUUCUGGUAAAGAGGGAGCUUUCUUCUGCACCCACCACCCUCCCAGCCUGGAGCUCAGCAUCACUGCAGUUUUGGAGCUCCCCUUUCCUGGGCCCAAGACAUUCCAUGAUGGCAGAACUGCUGAGUCCCCACAGGGACGGGCUGAGUUGCAGUCAUUCCCUUCAGAGUCUGUUACUGGCCAGCUGGGCAAGAGAGGUUUCUAAUAAAGGUGGAACUCAGGUUUGGUGGGGUUUUUUUUUUUCUUCUAAGUGCCUAAAUAAGCAAGCUAGGCUGUUUAUACAGAGCCAUCUUCAGAGGAAGAUAUUUUGCUCUGACGGUCUUACUCAGAUAGCUCUGCAAGCCAAGAGGAACCUGAAUUUGAGAUUUAGAAUCGGAGUUUGUGAAUGCAUCAUUAUCAUGUAUCGCUGACUGGGAAACAUUUGGCAUUGAGCUGGAGAGUGGGCAGAGUGUUAACAUGUGUCUGGUGAGAUGAUCAUGGUUUCUCCAAAGUGGAGGAAAAGUAUUGAAAAGAUGGCAGCAUUUAAAUGGUAAGGAAGCUAGAAAGUACAUUUACUGCAUAAUAUGUAAUAGCCAAUAUUAUUUUAAGCUAAAUUCCAAGAAACCAGUAUGUCAUCUAAUGUAUACAGGUCUAUGAAAAUACUAUGGAAUAAGCCCAGGAAGGAUGGAAAUAUUUGCAGAAAACAAUCAGCACAGGCUUUAACUCAAAUUGUCAAAGUGUGAUAUGGAGUCUUUUUUUUAUCGAGUGUCAAUAGAAAGUUAAGAAUCAAAGGGUUUUAGUAAUUUAUCCAAUGCCACUUCUUGCCAUUAUUUUGAGAUUGUUAAAAUGCACAUACAAAUUCAGAAGGCAAACCUGAUGCCUUCCCUGGGGAAGAUGGAGCCACAUUCGUGCUCUGGGUGGGAUCACCUCUGCAGGAGAACAUUACAUUUUCUCUUAAAGGCAAAAUGCUUGUAGAUUUUGCCUCUUUACUUUGUAUUUACUUCUAAAGUUGCACUUGUUCACCUACCAGUGUUUACGAAAUCCUUUAUUUGGGAUGCUUUUUCUAUAAUAAAAUAUUAUCAUUUGUGUC